AUGGAGGAAGAAAGCACUUCGAACGCCACCGUAGAGUCCAACGCCAGUGACCGCAUUAAGCUUAACGUUGGCGGGAAGCUCUUCGAGACAACGCUUUCUACUAUCCGCUCCGGCGGUCCAGACUCCCUCCUUUUCGCACUAUCCAACCGCUCUUCCGACGACCCGAACCCGGUUUUCAUAGACCGCGACCCAGAGAUCUUCUCUGUUCUCCUCUCUCUCCUCCGCACCAACCACCUCCCUUCCACCGCCCUCCGCUUCUCCAAGCAAGAACUCGCCGACGAAGCCAACUUCUACGGCAUUGACUCUCAUCUCCGGGCCGCCACUUCUCCGCCGCCCUUCUCUGGCAUCGACGCCUCCAUUGUUGCAACCGUUCGUCCCGCAUCAGAAGGCUUCCCUUCCACUUUCACCGCCGCUGAUAACGGUUCCGUUUGGAUCGCUCACGGCGGUCAACUCUCAAGCUACGACUGGAACCUAAUCCACGCCGCAACGGUUCGUACCCACCUCGACGAUAUCAAAUCUAUUUGCAGAGUCUGGCCAGAGAUCGCGGCUGUCGGAACUGCAUCCGAUGCUGGUUUACACUUCUACAACUUCUCCGGUAGCCGCCACGUAGGUUCAGUCCAUUGGAGCGAUCCGACGGAUCCGCGAAUCUUCAAAGCGCGAGUCAACGCGAUAACCGCAUCAGAGAAUUCCGUUUUCGCCUCAUUUGAUUGUUCUCACAGGGAGAAUUGCAUCCUCGAGGUUGAUAAGGCUAAGAUCCAGAUCGUGUCGCAAUUAGGUCGACAAUCGGGGAACCAGGCGAAGCACAUGGUUCCCAUGAAGUUGACGUGGAUACCUACCACCGGAGUACUUGUAGGGAGCGCGGUCACCGGAGGAGCGUUUGGUUACUCCGGAUACAUCCGGUUGUGGGACCAUAGGUCCGGGGAGGUGGUUUGGGAAACACACGAACCAGGUGCGUCGGGUAGGAGCAGUAGGUUUGGGGAUUCAUUUUCUGCUAUAGAGGUCGAUGUUGAAAAAUUGUUACUAUUUAAGCUGUGCUCGAAGUCCGGGGAUUUGGCUAUGGCGGAUAUGCGUCGUUUGGGCGAUGAUCCUUGGGUUUAUUUGAAGGAGAAGAACCCUAGUUUAUGGACAGAUGGUGGUGACGGGAGUACUAGUAGUGUGGUGCAUUGUUACCAGGGACAAGUUUUUGUCGGGAGGGGUGGAGAGUUGGAGGUUUGGUCAAGGGUGCAAGAGGUGGUAGAAUGCGAGAGUGAGAGGGAGAAAGAGAGUGACGGCGAGGGAGUUUAUAGGAGGAAUUUUGUCGAUAAGAGAGAGGACUCAGCGAAAGGAGUGAUCAAGAAGAUCGAAGGUGGCGGGGAUAGGUUGUUUAUUAGCAGAGAAGAUGUUGAAGGGAUUGAAGUAUGGGAGAGUUCCCAUUCUGCUGGAGCCAUUUCGGUUUUGUGA